AUGGAAGUUAAAUCUGCAGAGAAUAAAGAUUCAUCUCUCCUACACGAAAGGGAUAUUCUCUCAAAAUUUAAAGGAUGCCCUCAUAUAAUUAGUUUAUUGGGCUAUGAUUUCACCGUUGAAGGCACCAAAGUUUUUACUAAUAUCUUCUUGGAGUACGCCUCGGGCGGCACUUUGCACCACCGCAUUCAAUCAUCAAAGACCGCCGAAUGCAAUGGAAUCCCCGAAAUUGAAGCAAAGGAAUAUACACUUUCCAUUUUAAAGGGUCUGCGCUAUAUUCAUGAGAGUGGAUACGUCCACUGGAUGAUUAUAGGGACACCACACUAUAUGCCUCCAGAAUCAUUAAAUGAUGGAGAAUAUGAUACUUCUACCGAUAUUUGGGCAUGUACUCAUCCGUAUAUAGAGUUUUGGAUUGCAACUAGUCUUAAGAAACAUGUCAAGAG